UUAUUUUGAAACAAUGCAUCAGCUCUUUGAAGUUUUUCAUGGGUCAAGAGGUCAGUGAAGGAAGUGCAGUGGAGGAAAGCAAAAGUUCACACCCAUGAAGUGAUUGAGAUCUUCAGUGAAGCUCCUCCUACAACAAUCCACCAAUAAAUGCUGGAGACAAACACACAGAGAAAUCACUCCAUGUGUGACAACUGAAAUCUUCAUGACAUAAUGUUGAUGCUGGUGAAAGAGGAGCUUGAGAAGAUGACAGAUCCACAACCAUGCAGAAUAUACAUGAUGAAGAUACUGAGGAACAAAUAGAUAUGAUGGAAGUGAAUAAGGAGAGUCAAGGUGAAGUGAAUGAAGCAGAUGGGAAACGUCAGAAUGUAAAAACAAAAUGUAAUGCUUCACAGAAAGAAACUCUAAGAACAGAAGACAAAAAAUGUGAAAAGAGUUUUAGUAAAGAUGGACGCCCUGUGGAUCACAAGAGGACUCAAAAUGCAAAGAAACUAUUCACAUGUCAACACUGUGGGAAGAGUUUCACCAAAAAAUCAACGUUUACAAUCCACAUGAGAGUUCACACUGGAGAGAAACCAUUUAUGUGUAAACAGUGUGGGAUGAGUUUUACACAUCAAUCAGGUUUUGAGAGCCACAUGAGGAUUCACACCGGAGAGAAACCUUACAAAUGCAGUCAGUGUGAGAAAAGUUUUUCCUAUAAAAACGUCCUUAAAGCACACAUGAGAGUUCACACUGGAGAGAAACCUUACUCGUGUAAACACUGUGGAAAAAGUUUCACUCAACAAUCAAGUUUUGAUGGCCACAUGAGGAUUCACACCGGAGAGAAACCUUACAAAUGCAGUCAGUGUGAAAAGAGUUUUCGCUCCAGAAGUUAUCUGAAGGAACACAUGAAGAUUCACACCGGAGAGAAACCUUUUCCAUGCCAGCAUUGUGAAAAGAGAUUUCCAGAUGCAAGACAACUUAAUACACACAUGAGAGUUCACACCGGAGAAAAACCUUUUGAAUGUCAUCAAUGUGGACAUUUUUUCAGAUGUUAUAGUAACCUUAAUACACACAUGAGAAUUCACACUGGAGAGAAACCAUUCAAGUGCCAUCACUGCGAGAAGAGUUUUACAACCAGUAGUAACCUUAAUGAACACAUAAGAGUUCAUACCGGAGAAAAACCAUUCAUGUGUCAACAGUGUGAAAAGUGUUUUUCAGCAACAAACCAACUUAAAAGACACAUGAGAGUUCACACUGGAGAGAAACGCAUUCCCGUGCAGUCAGUGUGAAAAGAGUUUCAGAGAGGAAAGUACACUUAAGAUAAACACAUGACAAUUUACACCUCCGUUCACGUGUCAACAUGACAUCAAAAUGUACUUUCAUAAUUCAUCAGCACUCUCACACUGGAGAAAAGUCAUUUAAAUGUGAUGAGUGAAGUAAAAAGUUUAAAUCCUCAUCACAUCUAAAGAGACACAUGAGUGUUCAUGCAAAUGUGGAAUCUUAGUUGUGUACUGUUUGUUUUAAAGUGUUUAUGUCUGUUUGAAAUGUACAAAUUGGUUUAAGAUGUUGUGUGCUUUGAUUGUUAACAAGGUACAACUACAGAAUUUUACCCACAUGUCCAGACUCUCUUCAAGUCUUUUAUUUUUUAAUAUUUCAUGACUUUUUCUAAUUACAAGAUAAAUUCAGAAAUGAGUUUUUUUACUUGUUAACUACACAUGUGAUGAACCCAAUAAUAAAGGAUAUUUUGACCACAA